UCUAAAAGCGGCUUUCUUUUUAAAGUGCGGAGUGUGGUUUUGAUAAUUCUCAAUAGAUUCAUUGAAAAAGGAUUCUCAAAAGUUACUCAUCAACAUUUAUAUAAAUACUGCGGGACCUUCUCGUCAGAUUCGAUCGAACGAUAACGAUUAUCAUGGAUUCGGAUUUAUACGAUGAAUUCGGCAACUACAUCGGUCCCGAUUUGGAGAGCGACGAAGAUGACGACCAGAGCUUAUAUGGUCAACCUGAUCAACAGGAUGAUUUAGAUCUGGAGGAUAGUAUGGAAGAGGAAGUCGAGCAAAGUGAGGAUCCAGUCACAUCCAGAGCUGUGGUACUACACGAAGACAAGCGCUACUAUCCAUCGGCACUGGAAGUAUAUGGAGAAGAGGUUGAAACCAUCGUGCAGGAAGAGGAUGCACAGCCGUUAGAUAAGCCAUUGAUUGAACCUGUUAAAAAAAUGAAAUUUCAAAUUAAGGAACAAGAGUUACCGGAAACCACAUACAACAUGGAAUUCUUAGCUGACCUUAUGGAUACUCCCACCUUGAUACGAAACGUUGCCUUGAUCGGACACUUGCACCACGGGAAGACAACUUUCGUUGAUUGUUUAGUACGACAGACACAUCCGCAGUUUCAGGACAUGGACGAACGUAAUUUACGUUAUACCGAUACUCUUUUUACUGAACAAGAACGUGGGGUUAGUAUCAAGGCUACCCCGAUAACUCUUGUAUUACCAGAUGUCAAAAGUAAAAGUUUUCUGAUCAAUGUUUUCGACACACCUGGUCAUGUGAAUUUCUCGGACGAAGUAACGGCCGCAAUGCGUUUGUCCGAUGGGAUCAUUUUGUUCGUGGAUGCUGCCGAAGGUGUAUCAUUAAAUACAGAGCGCUUACUGAAACACGCAAUCCAAGAAAAACAAGCCAUUACAGUGUGCAUAAACAAAAUCGAUCGCUUAAUGCUCGAAUUAAAACUUCCCCCUCAGGAUGCCUACUUUAAAUUGAAACACAUUGUAGAGGAAAUCAACGGAUUGCUUACUUUGUACGGUGAUUCAACCAUAAAACAAGUUUCACCUAUCCUUGGCAAUGUGUGCUUUGCUAGUUCACUGUAUGGAUUUUGCUUUACACUGAAAUCAUUCGCACAACUCUACGCGGAUACCUACGACGGUGUAAAUCCAAGUGACUUCUCUCGACGACUGUGGGGCGACAUGUACUUUCACAAUAAAUCUCGCAAAUUUACAAAGAAACCGCCACACAGCUCGGCACACCGAAGUUUUGUUGAGUUUAUUUUGGAACCGUUGUAUAAACUUUUUGCUCAGGUCGUUGGUGAUGUCGACACCACUCUGGUUGAUACGCUGUCUGAGUUGAAUAUUCGUGUCACCAAGGAAGAAAUGAAAUGCAAUAUUCGUCCUUUGCUGCGGCUAAUCUGCAGUCGAUUCAUCGGGGAUUUCAGUGGAUUUGUCGAUAUGUGCGUGGAGCAUAUUCAGUCGCCACUUGACAAUGCCCAAACCAAAAUCGAUCACAUCUACACGGGUGUAAAAGAAAGCGGUAUCUAUCAGGAUAUGUUGAACUGUGAUCAAAAUGCCCAACUGAUGGUGCACAGCUCUAAGAUGUACCCAACAGAGGAUUGUACCUUCUUUCAAGUGCUGGCCAGAAUAAUGAGCGGAACUUUGCAUGCUGGUCAGGAAGUACGAGUUUUGGGGGAAAACUAUUCACUCGUUGAUGAGGAAGACUCACGUACGCUACAAGUUGGACGUCUGUGGAUUUACGAAGCACGGUACAAGGUGGAACUGAAUAGAGUUCCGGCCGGAAAUUGGGUACUUAUUGAAGGCAUCGAUCAGUGUAUCGUGAAGACAUCUACCAUCACGGACGUACAAAUGAAUGAGGAUGUUUUCAUUUUCCGUCCGUUGAAAUUCAACACUCAGAGUAUUAUAAAGAUUGCAGUUGAACCCGUAAAUCCGUCAGAGCUACCGAAAAUGUUGGACGGUUUGCGGAAAGCAAACAAAUCUUAUCCUCUGCUUUCGACACGAGUGGAAGAAUCGGGAGAGCAUGUAAUUCUUGGUACAGGUGAGCUAUACUUGGACUGCGUUAUGCACGAUUUGCGCAAAAUGUAUUCGGAGAUUGAUAUUAAAGUGGCCGAUCCAGUGGUGGCUUUUUGCGAAAGUGUGGUCGAAACAAGUUCGUUGAAAUGUUUCGCCGAAACUCCAAAUAAGAAAAACAAAAUUACAAUGAUUGCUGAACCGUUGGAAAAAGGUUUGGCUGAAGACAUUGAGAAUGAAACGGUAUGCAUCGGUUGGAACAAAAAGAAACUUGGUGAAUUCUUUCAAAUUAACUACGACUGGGAUUUGCUAGCGGCUCGCUCGAUUUGGGCAUUUGGUCCUGAUAAUACUGGUCCCAAUAUCUUGGUCGAUGAUACAUUGCCGUUUGAAGUGGACAAGGCUCUGCUAGGAGCUGUUAAGGAUUCUAUUGUACAAGGUUUUCAGUGGGGAACGCGUGAAGGUCCUUUGUGUGAAGAACCAAUUAGAAAUGUCAAGUUCAAAAUUCUGGAUGCCGUCAUAGCCCAGGAACCGUUGCAUCGAGGAGGAGGACAGAUUAUUCCAACUGCUCGCCGAGUUGCCUAUUCUGCUUUCUUGAUGGCAACACCACGCCUGAUGGAACCGUAUCUAUUCGUAGAAGUACAAGCCCCGGCCGAUUGCGUGUCAUCGGUUUAUACCGUUCUAGCCAGACGACGAGGUCAUGUAACGCAAGAUGCUCCCGUUCCUGGUUCUCCACUUUACACCAUCAAAGCGUUUAUUCCAGCCAUCGAUUCAUUCGGCUUCGAAACCGAUUUGCGCACUCACACUCAAGGACAGGCUUUCUGUCUCUCUGUGUUUCAUCACUGGCAAAUUGUUCCUGGUGAUCCGUUGGACAAGAGCAUUAUAAUCCGCCCACUAGAACCACAACCGGCGACGCAUUUGGCUCGAGAAUUUAUGAUUAAAACACGUCGCCGAAAGGGUCUUUCCGAGGAUGUAUCGAUCAACAAGUUCUUCGAUGAUCCCAUGUUACUCGAAUUAGCACGGCAGGAUGUGCUUCUCAACUAUCCCAUCUAAUAAUGUAAGCAAAGUUUUCGGUUCGAAGCGUAAUAAAUACAGUUAAACGUAUCUGUAACAAGCUGGAAUGCUGCAUUAUAU